AUGAAUGAAAAAAAUAAAAAUGGAGAAACCGCACUUCAUAUUGCAGCACGGAAUAAUAGUGAAGAAACUGCUGAAGUUCUCGUUUCACAUGGUGCUAAUAUGAAUGAAAAAGAUGAAGAUGGAGGAACAGCACUUCAUAUUGCAGCACAGAAUAGUUAUAAAGAAAUUGCCGAAAUUCUCGUAUCACAUGGUGCAAAUAUUAAUGAGAAAACUAAAGAUGGGAAAACCGCCCUUUAUUAUGCAGCAUGGGAUAAUUGUGAAAAAAUUGCCGAAAUUCUCAUAUCACAUGGUGCAAAUAUUAAUGAAAAGAAUAAUGAUGGAGAAACUGCACUUUAUAUUGCAAAACUUCUUUCUCAUACAAAAGUUGAAAAGGUUCUCAUUUCGCAUGGUGCGAAAUAA